AUGUCUAGUCCAGGUAGAUAUGUCCGUGCUCCCAUUUACGGAAGCGAUAGGGAGCAUUCGUGUGAAUCGGAAGACAGCCUAGUAUUUUCUCCAGGCCGGUUUGUCCGCAUCAGUAGUCCUGAUGAGAACACCGUGGAGUACACUGGCGAUUGGCAGGACGACCCGUACGCCCACUAUCGGACGAUGGUGGAUUCUGACCGGGAAAACCGUGAGCUGAGAGAGCGUGUGCUUGAGUUGGAGAAAACCAUUACUCAAAUCCUGGAUUUCGGUAAGCACCGUCGUAAAGGAAAUUGUUCUCCUGAAGAAGUUUGGAUACAGAAUGGUAGUCACGAGGCACCUGCGGUGGUAGAACCAGUCUCCACAGCGUCGGUGAUGGCAUUCGACAAUAGCUCUCAAAGUAUCAGAUGGGACAACAUUAAGCCUUUUCCUAAAGGUGUUCCUGCUAGCAAAAUGUGGAAAACUUGGACGAAAUAUUACGAGAAUUUUGAAAUCGCUGCUUCGUUGUCAAAUGCAAAUGAUCCAGUUAAGCGUUCCCAGCUACUAUAUUUAUCUAUGGGAGACGACCUUCAGGGAAUUGUUCGGGCAGCUAAGCUGAAACCUGUUCCCGGCGAACCCGACUGCUAUGAGACUUUUGUUAGGAAUAUUGAAGAAUAUUUGAAGGGAUUAACCGAUAUUUCAGCUGAACAUGAUACGUUUACGUCAAUGUACCAGGAAGAAAAAGAACCGGCAGUCAGCUUCCACGCCAGGCUAAGGGAGAAGGUUUGGCUGUGUGGUUAUAGCCCAUCUGACCAAGACCGUUUUGUUCGUACACAGCUCCUUAAGGGAUUAAAGAAUCGAAAGUUAGCAAGGGCAGCGCGAAUAUAUGGGUAUGAAACCAACUUUGUUGUUCAGUCAGCGACAAGGGACGAAGCCUUGCAGCCCGAACCUCCGAAGUUUGAAGAUCCAACCUCUAUCAUGGCUGUAUCCCGUAGUUUUUCUCGUGAUGGGGGCUUGAAGAGAAGACGCAGAAAUGCAGAUGAGAAAGCUAUUGGAACGAAACGUUUUCGAGGUGAAGUAAAGCCUCUAUUGCAGCGUAGCGAACGAUGUUCGAGAUGCAAUCGUGCAUCCCAUAAUGGAGAACGGUGCCCAUCAUUGGAUAAAACUUGCUUUUCUUGUGGACGGCGCGGUCAUUUUGUUGCAACAUGCCGUAACAAACGGGUCAAUGUUGUGCAAGAUAGACGAGGUGAUUCGGCCCUCCUACCCAUUGAAGAUAAAACGCAGCAGAUUAAUGCGCUUUCGUUUGAAGAUGUGUUAGUCGAUUGUACCGUUGGCUCAUCUAGUAAAAUAAAAUUCUUAAUAGACUCUGGGGCAGAUUCCAAUGUUAUUGGUGGCGAUGAUUGGCGCCAGCUUGAGAAACAAUUAGAAGCUGGAACUGUAGCUCUUGUUCCAAUUGAAAUUUCCAGAGAAAGGAGUUUGCGGGCCUAUGCUGCCGAUAAACCGAUGAUAGUUGAACAUGCCUUCAGAGCCAACAUUCAAGCGAUUGGAUCGGAUACACCGAUCGUCAGUGCAGAUUUUUUGGUAGUAAUGCAGGGCCGUUGUUCGUUGCUCGGCAGGAACACUGCCAGUGAGCUGAAAUUAUUAAAAGUGGGAGCUGAUGUUUACAGUUGUAGUCACGAAGAUGAGGACGGAGUGUUUCCGAAGAUGCCAGGAGUUAAGAUUAAAUUUUGUGUUGACAAAUCGAUUCCCCCGGAGAAAAAUGCAUAUUUUAAUGUUCCAGCUGCGUACCGCGAUGCUGCAAAACUUCGACUCCAACAAAUGGAGAAGCGCGGAAUCAUCGAAAAAGUUUUAACGGCACCACAGUGGAUCAGUGGCAUGUCCGCAGUACCUAAAGGUAAGGAAGACUUUCGCCUGGUUGUCAAUAUGCGCGCACCUAAUAAGGCUAUCAAACGCCAAUAUUUCCGGUUACCCUUACUUGACGAGAUGAGGGUAAAGUUGUUCGGAGCCAAAUAUUUUUCCAAGCUCGACUUAUCCAAUGCCUACUAUCACCUCGAGUUGAGCAGUGAGUCACGCGACUUGACCACCUUUUUGACCGAAGAUGGGAUGUUCCGGUUUACCCGACUUAUGUUUGGCGUAAACUGUGCGCCCGAGAUUUUUCAACGAGAGAUGACCCGAAUUUUAGAUGAAGUGAAGAAUAAAAUUGUAUACAUUGACGAUAUUCUUUUGUUUGCUGAAACGUUAGAGGAGUUACGAAAGACCGUGGCUCUUGUAUUGCGGAUUUUGAAAAUGAAUAAUCUGACACUCAACUUGUCUAAAUGUGAGUUUGAUAAAAGUCGCAUUAGAUUCCUAGGGCAUGAAUUGGGCGAAUCAGGAUUUAAUAUAGAAGAAUCAAAAGUCAAAGACAUAAGGAAGUUCCGUCAACCAAAAACCACUUCAGAAUUGCGGAGUUUUUUGGGGCUGGCAUCUUAUGUGAGCCCUUACAUUAAGAAUUUUGCAGAUAUUUCAGCUCCUUUGUGGGCGGUGGUCUCAUCAAAAUCCUGGAGCUGGGGCCAAGAACAAGAGCAAGCAUUUGAAUUAGUUAAAGAUCGUAUAGUACGUUGCACAGCUUCACUUGGGUAUUUCUCAGAAAAUGACAAAUCGUUUCUGUAUACAGAUGCCUCACCUAACGCUCUUGGAGCAGUGUUAGUGCAGGAGGACAGUAAGCGAACCCCACGAAUAAUUAGCUUCGCUUCUAAGGCUCUAACCGUCACUGAGAAGAAGUAUCCUCAAAAUCAGCGUGAGGCAUUAGCUGCAGUGUGGGCGGUUGAACACUUUGCGUAUUUUCUGCUAGGUAGGCAUUUUACCCUGCGCACUGAUGCUAGAGGCAUUACCUUUAUUCUAAAUCGAUCCCGGGAAACCGCUAAAAGAGCCUUGACGAGAGCAGAUGGCUGGGCGUUAAGGCUCAGUCCUUACAACUACGAUGUGGAGUUUGUUCGUGGUUGUGAAAAUAUUGCGGACCCUUCUUCCCGUCUGUAUGCUGGAAAUGAUGAAGCUUUCGAUGAGGAUUCUAGCCCAUGGGAAAUUGCGCACCUUGAGGCAAAUGCUAUCCAGUUUUUAACGGAAAAGGAAAUUAAAGAAUCUACUGCUCGUGACACUACUCUUCAACGUGUAUUGGAUUCGUUGGAAACCGGAGAUUGGCCCAAGGAACUGCAAAAGUUUCAAACAAUAUCAAACGAUUUACAUAGCAAAGAAGGAAUGCUUGUAAAAAGUGGAUGUGUCGUUAUUCCCAGUGAACUAAGGGAAAAAACGCUAACGGUAGCUCAUGCUGGUCAUCCACUCGCAGCAAAAUUAAAGAGCAUCUUGCGUAAGCGUGUUUGGUGGCCCGGGAUGGCUGGGGAUGCCGAAAGAUGGGUGAAAUCUUGCGUCCAUUGUGCUGUUAAUGGAAAACCGGAGAGUCGUACUCCCAUGGAACGAAUUUUUGCACCUAAAGCUGUUUGGGACACCAUAGCAGUUGACUUCAAUGGACCCUAUUUAAAGUACGGGGGAGUAUCUAUCCUAGUGAUUAUUGACUUGAGAUCCCGCUAUGCGAUCGCACGACCGGUGAAAUCAACUGCUAUUGAGCACACCACGAAUGUAUUGAAUGACGUGUUUAGAAGAGAAGGAUUCCCAAAAGCAAUUAAAAGUGACAACGGGCCUCCAUUCAAUGGUGAACAAUAUAAGCAAUAUUGCUCUGAUCGGGGCAUCCAGACCAUUUUUUCUACACCGUUCUUUCCUCAACAAAACGGGCUUGUGGAAAGUUUUAUGAAAGUGGUAAACAAAGCUAUGUCUACGGCAGCUUCGAGUGGAACCGGUUACUCGGAAGAACUUCAGGAUGCAGUUAAUGCCUAUAACGCUGGAGUUCAUUCGGUCAUAAAAGUUUCGCCAGAAGAAGUCAUGAUGGGCCGGAAAAUUAAACGAGGUUUGCCGUUACUGGUAUACGAAAAGGCGGACUAUGAAGAUCAACAGCUGGAUGCAAAAGACCAUGAAGUAAAGGUGAAAGGGAAAGCACGUGAGGACCAGCGGCGAGGUGCCAAAAAUAGUACAGUCAAACCUGGAGAUACUGUCAUUGUAGAGCGUCUAGUAAAAGGGAAAGGCGAUUCUAGAUUCAACAUGAAACGUUUCACGGUUAUGACGGAAAAAAACGGCAGUUUGCUCCUUGCCGAUGAUGAAGGUCAUACCGUGAAGCGACAUGUGUCGCAAACAAAGAAAGUGCACAGUUGGAGGAACAGUUCGCGCAUGGGUAUCGAGGAGCAAGCAGUUACUGAACCAUUCAGGCGGCCAGGAAGGACCACAAAAGCACCAUCAUAUCUAUCUGACUAUGUUCGUCAUAUGGAAGAUAAGGAAUGA